UGGAGAGGAGUUCGUCAGCGCCAAAACCACUGACAAUACUCACCAAGUCAGACCGGGUAGGGAGUUGGUUCCGUCGAAGAGGCUGCAUGACAAGGAAUCAUCAUGUGUGCCGUCGACCGAGCCACCUGAGAAACGUCAGUGUCAACGGCUUGAACAGCUAGAAGAAGGUAGCAGUAACCAAGCAAGUGCUAUCAAUGUUUUCGAGGAACACAUCCCGUGUGACCCGAUUGCGUCACGUGCGCUUGAAGGAUGCGCAGAGUCCCCCAUGGACCGACCAGUUUUGACUGCUGGGCCAUUUGUCAAUUUGGAGCAGCUUAGCUUGAUGGCAUGUAGUAUCUGCAAGUAUGCAGUGCUGGCUGAUGGAAUCCGGAAUCAUCUCUUGCAUCGAAGACAUCAGUAUAGCCUUUCGGCAGGCGAGAAGACGAAGAUUAUCUCCAUAGUCAACACUAUUCCAGGGAUACUCAAAAAACAAGAUGACCUGCUGGGCUUUCGAUUCCCACCGCCAGAAACUAAGCCACUUCCUUUCAUCGAAGCAACAAAACAUGACGGUCUUCGGUGCAAUGACUGUGGCUAUGUUACUCGACAAACGGGAAAUAUGCAAAAACAUUGUCGGCAAAAACACAGAUGGCAAAACGAUUGGACAAAGGGAGGUAAUGUUAAGCGAAAAGCUAAACUACCUCGAGACUUACCGUGGACAACGGGGGUGUCCUGUCAGCGCCUCUUUGAUCAUGACAGAGCCAGCAGUUGGUUCGAAUCAGAGGUUCAAACAGCCAUCAAUAGCGAACCGAGAGAUGGUAUUAUCAAGAGACUGAUAAAGGUUCACCAAGAACAAGUCGACAAGUUCAACGCUGCCGAAGAGGAUGAGAUCAAGGUUGCCAACGAGAAGAAGGAGCUAAGUGCGUGGCUAGAAAGGACAGGCUGGGCAGACCACUUGCAAAAGUUCAAGGCAAAGAAGGAUUUAUUGCCGCUGGCCGCCCUACUAUAA